AUGCAUCGAUUUUUUGCUGAGCUGGAGCCAUCUGUAACCGUCACCGAGCAAAACCUGGCAGACCGAGUUCGGUAUAUCUUGCGCUCAAAUACAUUUGAUGUUACCGAACUCGAACGGCUACGACGUGAGGCUGUUCCUACAUCGGGUAAAAAUGCUGCGGCUGAGGAUGCGGCGCCACAACUUGCUGAGCAAACGGCAAAUGUGGAUGCCGCCGUGAACACGCCAGUUGUGGUUGAUUCAGACGAUGAUGGAACAGUCGCCCAGGAACUGGAACUAGAGCAAAUGAGGAGUACAUUGGAAGAGGCGAUUGUGGAAACGCGCAGUACGCCUCUCGAAAAUCGACCGCGACUUCCCUGCGUAGCCCUAAGCAAGCGGAAUCGGGCUGUCGUGAGGGCUCUCAACCCAAUGCUGGUUACCUAUUUGGAAGCCAGCCGGGACCUUUGUGAGACGGACUCAAUUCUUUUUGGCGCCGCACUGGCAGUCUGCCGUAUUAUAGGAGCCAAACUUUCCACGGCUGGACGCGCUACUGGACAAACUAGUGCUAUCCCAACCUGGAGAAUAAGAAUUGAAGAACGUAUCGCAAAGGCUAGGGCCCUCAUCGGCAGACUGAUAUGCUUCAGGUCAGGCAAUACCAGGCCAAGGAUUGUGCGCACCGUCAGGAUGGCGUUUGCUGGGACAAAUGUUAGUUUGUCCCAGCCGGAUAUAAUGCAAAAACUGACGGAGCGCAUAGACGACCUGAAGCAAAGAAUCGCUGCUUGGGGAAAGCAGAUUCGGCGAUAUACCGAGAGGUUGACACGGUCCAACCAGAAUCGUCUCUUCCAGAGUGAUCAGAAGAGGCUCUAUAAAUCAUUGGCAAUAUAUAAUCGACCAAUAGAAAACGAAGAUGGGGUAAUGUCUUACGCAAACGUAACUUGA